CAUGGCAGGAUGCAAACCGGACAAACAAUCCGGUCAGGGACAUGUCGAGCUCAUCCAAAAAAUCACCGAACGGCGCGAAGCUCGAGUUGCGUGUUCUCAACAGUCACGCUUCUUUGAUAUUUCCGUUUCUUUAUCUAUCAUACAGAUUCCCUCUGUCAGCGGAGGUAGCAGAAAGUAAUCAUGUCGCUGGCGAUCCCUGGACCCUCGCAGGCGGGUCUCUUCAAGCCUGGCUAUCAGAGUUGGGACGCUGAAGAUGGAGCCGUUAUCCGCAACAUCGAGGCCUGCCGGGCCAUCUCGCAGACCGUUCAGACGUCGCUAGGCCCGUAUGGCCGCAACAAGAUUGUCAUCAACCACUUGCAGAAGAUGAUCCUGACUUCCGAUGCCGCUACAAUCCUCAGAGAGUUGGACGUCGUACACCCCGCAGCGAAGCUGCUCGUUAUGGCAAGUCAGCAGCAGGAGGCGGAGAUGGGUGACGCGACCAACCUAGUCAUCAUCUUGGCGGGAGAGCUGCUCAAGAAGGCGGAGGAGUUGCUAAGAAUGGGUCUGAAAACGAGUGAUAUCGUUCAGGGUUAUGAGAAGGCUCAGAACUUUGCGCUGAAAUGUCUAGAAGAUCUCGAGGUCGAUCGUCUGAGUGAAAUUCGUUCCACCGCAGAGCUUAGCAAAGCUUUGCGCACAGUGGUUUCCAGCAAGCAGUCUGGAGCGGAAGACAUUCUGGCAUCUCUGGUCGCUGAGGCCGUCCUUGCUGUGCUCCCUAAAAACCCACUCAACUUCAACGUGGACAACGUACGAGUAGUUAAGAUCAUGGGUGGUAGCUUGGAACAGUCAAAAGUGGUCAAGGGUAUGGUCUUUGGCCGGGAGCCCGAUGGACAGGUCAAGAAGGCCAAGAAGGCCAAGGUCGGUGUCUUCAGCUGCCCGAUCGAUACCUCUCAGACCGAGACCAAGGGAACUGUGCUCCUGAAGAAUGCGCAGGAGAUGCUUAACUUCAGCAAGGGCGAGGAGGAGCGUCUUGAGGCCGCUAUCAAGGAGUUGUACGACUCCGGUCUCCGUGUGGUUGUUGCUGGCAGCACUGUCGGUGAACUCGCCCUCCACUACCUCAACCGCUUCGGAAUCUUGGUCAUUAAGAUCUUGUCGAAAUACGAGCUGCGCCGUCUCUGCCGCGUUGUCGGUGCUACCCCUCUCGCUCGUCUUGGUGCCCCUAUGCCCGACGAGAUGGGUUCCAUCGAUGUUGUGGAGACCACUGAGAUCGGUGGUGACAGAGUUACUGUCUUCCGCCAGGAGGACUCUAACAAUGUGACUCGCACAGCGACUAUUGUCCUUCGUGGAGCGACCCAGAACCAUCUCGACGACGUCGAGCGCGCCAUUGAUGAUGGUGUCAACGUUGUCAAGGCCAUCACCAAGGACCCGCGUCUUGUUCCUGGAGCUGGUGCCACCGAGCUGCAGCUGGUAGAGCGCAUCUCUGCCUUCGCCGAUAAGACCCCCGGACUUCCGCAGCACGCCAUUAGAAAGUACGCUGAGGCUUUCGAAGUCAUCCCCCGGACCCUGGCCGAGUCUGCUGGUCUGGAUGCCACCGAGGUCCUUGCUAACCUAUAUACUGCACACCACCGUUCUAACGGCCCGGCUGAGGAAUCAUCCGACGAGGAGGAAGAGGGCUCCUCUUCCGAGGAAGAAGAGCCAUACUGGACCGCCGGUGUCGACCUGGACUCUUCCACGAAUACCGGCACCAUUGACGCUGUGGAGGAAGGCAUUCUUGACCUGAUGGUCUCCAAGAGCUGGGCUAUCCGACUCGCAACUGAAUCAGCUAGAACCGUCCUGAGUGUCGACCAGAUCAUUGUCGCACGACAGGCCGGUGGGCCUAAGCCUCCAGGCCCCAACCCCAACUGGGACGAGGACUAAAUGCCUCCAAGGGGGAAGAAUGCAGUCAAGGAGGUAGAUAUAAGGAAGACAGACAAAAGAAAGGACCACGAAGGUCACCAAUAGCAUCUAUUGACCAAAAAAAGGUAGAGGAUGUAAUCUUGCACAAUACGUAUUACAAUCUACACGCAAAAAUCGUAUUAGAAGUUCCAUUCACCUGUAUUUCUUUCGAAUGAACUUUGCAUAUUAUCUACAAUAAUAGAAUUACGUUCAAAGACCUGGAA